AUGUCUGAAGGAAGCUGAUUUUGGAAUAAGUCUUCUUUUCAGGCCAGCCUUCUGACUUGCUCCAGAAUUGCUUUGAAAGGCAAGACAUCUUGUUUCCUUUUGCCCAUGGAACUCCCAUUUUUUCAUGGAAAGAUAACAAGAAGAACCUGUGAAGAGCUGCUGAGCAAGAAGAAAAAGAAUGGAAGCUAUUUAAUACGGGAGAGUGAGAGUGUGGAAGGAGCCUUAUGUCUCUGUGUUUUCUUUGAGGGUCUUGUCUACACUUACCGUAUCUUCAGUGAACACCAAAGACAUUUUAGAAUACAGACUUCUGAAGGUGUUCCAGAUAGGACCUUCAAAACAUUAACAGACUUAAUAUACACUUUUGAAAAGCCAAAUCAAGGACUGAUAACAAACCUCCGCUACCCAGUGAAGAAAAUGAAGGCCUUGCAAAGAAGCCAGAGGUUCAAGUCAGGAAUGGACAGUAUUUAUGAUGAAUUUGAUGAAGACGGUGAUUACAUCACUGUCCUACCCUGA